UACCACUUCCCUCAGUCGGGAUGCCGUACGUCUACCCUCGCGUUGUUUUACAGUAUCACCGCGAUGAUCGGUGAGCGUAGAGCGCCGAUUACGACGCCCGUUGUGGUCAGGAGCCUCGUGCUUAUUAUUUCUAUUGUGGGACUCGCGCGCACCGACGUUCUGCCGACAGUCGAAGUACCGACCUUUGUAUUGCCGAUAUCAAAUGUGACAGUACCGGUGGGACGGGAAGCUGUACUGACGUGUACAGUCGACGAUCUAUCCAAUUACAAGGUGGCGUGGCUUCAAGUAAAUACACAGACAAUACUAACGAUUGCCAUUCACGUUAUCACCAAGAACCACAGAAUCGCAGUCACACAUAGUGAUCAUAGGAUAUGGUACUUGCACAUACGAGACGUUCGUGAAAGCGAUCAAGGUGAUUACAUGUGUCAAAUAAAUACCGAUCCAAUGAUUAGCCAAGUUGGCCAACUCAAAGUUGUAGUGCCUCCGGAUAUUCUGGACUAUCCAACAAGCACAGAUAUGGUUGUAAGAGAGGGCAGUAACGUAACAUUACGUUGUGCCGCUUCCGGAUCACCGCAACCAAAUAUCACAUGGAAACGAGAAUCCGGCGAGGCUAUUGCUUUAGGGGUGAAUGACGAAGCUGUAUCGAGUGUUAAUGGAUCAACAUUGAACAUAACGAGGGUAAAUCGACUCCACAUGGGAGCAUAUCUGUGCAUAGCCUCCAAUGGGGUACCACCGAGUGUCAGCAAGAGAAUAAUGCUCAUCGUUCAUUUUCCACCGAUGAUAAUGAUACAAAAUCAGUUGGUAGGAGCACAAGAAGGACAGGACAUGACACUUGAAUGCGACUCUGAGGCAUAUCCUAAGGCUAUUAAUUAUUGGACACGUGAAAAUGAUUCGGUUAUAUCAAAUGGUGAAAAAUAUGAGUUUUCCUCCCUCUCAGAUAGUUUACAAAUGAACGAGUACAAAGUUCACAUGAAAUUAAUGAUAAAAAUAGUGGAACUGGCGGAUUACGGAUCGUAUAAAUGCAUUUCCAAAAAUUCUCUCGGGGCUACGGAUGGUACCAUCAAAUUUUACCGUAUCGAGACGCCAACAACUCAACCACCACCAACAACAACUACUCCAGUACCUUCCACAGAAGUGAGAGUGGAGAGUAAACUGAAACCGUAUCCAAAAGUAUCGCCAACAGUUGUAUCAAACUUCAACAAAAUAAUUGAUGCAUCAAAAACAUCCGAGAGCGAAAAACGUGGUGCCCAAUUACGCGAGAGACCAAAAACAAACGCCAAGAGUGGAAGGAAAAAAAUUGAUGACAGAUUACAACAAACAGACGAAGCAGCGCGAUCAAUGUCUUCAAGAAGCGCUGGUAUUUUAUCAGUAACUCACUCUAAUUUCGCUUUACUCACCAUUAUAUUAACCGGAUUUUUAUAAUUACUAUUAAAUUUUACCAAAAUUUAUACUUUUUUUUUUAAUUUAUUUAAAUUUUAGAUAAAAAUAUUCAAUUAACAGCGAUUAAUUCAUUACCAUAUAAAUUAAAUAAUUUAUCAAAUAGUUGAUUAUUUAAAAUAUUAUAUAUAAAAUGAAUUAAUUACUUAACUGAUUAAUUGGUUGAUUUACCGACUGUUGAAGAAAGUAGCUUGUACAUUCCGCACAAUACAAAUAAAAAAAAUAUAUCUUUGUACAUAAUAUUAGUGUGAGUGAUUGUUUAUUAAAAUAUUAUAAAAGUAUCAUUAUGUUGUAAAUAAUAAAUAAUAAUGAUAAUCAAUAUUUGUUACAUCAUAAGCUAUCGUUAUCUGUAAAUAUUAAAUCUUUCAUCAAUUGUUAUCAGGGAUAAGGAUAAUGAAUGUUGUGUGAUUUUACACAAAUAAUAAUAACAAUAAUAAUAAUAUUAAUUAUAAUAAAAUAAAAAAUAUGUUGCUUUAGUUUUAAGUAAAAAUUGAAUGUACAUAUAAUUAAAAAUGUAUGGAUAAAAAUUAUGUAAAUAUAUAUAUCGAUAUGUAAAUUAUAUAGUGCCUCGACUCUCCCACGCAGAGUAUUGAAAUUGGAAGCACUCCGGGCCACUGAUGUUAGAAUAUUGGUUGUGACCUAAAUAACACUUCUGUAACAGCCAACCACUUUAUCUGGACGAGUCGAUUGCUAAUAUAAACCUUUCCUGAGAGGAAGAGCCACUAAAUUCUUCUUAGAUGUAAACACCAUACUGCUGAUGUUAAUUUUUCGAAUGUUUUAUAAGUAUCAGAUCUCACCACCAGAUCUUGCGAGAAAGAAAAAUAUAAAUAUACACAUUGUAGCCAUCUAGCGGCAAAAGUAUGAAUCACUAUGAAAUGUCAAAGUUGUAACCUUCCAUAGCUGUCGUUUAUUUAUUUUGUAUAAAGUAACUUUAAAUAAAUAAAUAUUAAAAUGUA